AUCGGAAAGAAAGCACGUAUUGCUUCCUGCGAGUAACAUCGUCCCACUAUGGCUCCGUCUCGGAAGAAUAAAGUCGUCAAGGAGGAAGUGCAGGUGUCCCUCGGCCCGCAGGUGCGCGAUGGCGAGGUCGUUUUCGGAGUGGCUCACAUUUAUGCCAGCUUCAACGACACCUUCGUACACGUCACAGAUCUAUCGGGCAAAGAAACCAUCUCCCGUGUAACCGGUGGUAUGAAGGUGAAGGCCGAUCGUGAUGAGGCAUCACCUUACGCAGCUAUGUUGGCCGCUCAGGAUGUGGCCGAGAAGUGCAAAUCUCUCGGGAUUACCGCUCUGCACAUUAAGCUGCGUGCCACCGGUGGAAAUCGCACCAAGACUCCCGGACCGGGUGCCCAGUCGGCUCUGCGUGCGCUGGCCCGUUCGUCGAUGAAGAUUGGCCGUAUUGAGGACGUGACGCCGAUUCCGUCCGACUCGACCCGCAGGAAGGGAGGCCGUCGCGGUCGUCGUCUAUAAGCCAGUCCGUUUCUUCUGGUCUGGUCGCGUUUUCGGUGGAUUUGGUAUUCCAUUUUUCUUGCGUUUAAAUCUGUUGAAGCUGAAUCAGUGUUGCUAUAGCUCUGGUGACGCAAACCGGAUCGUGUAUUUUGCUGAAAGUGAGUUGUUUAUUUUUAAAUUUUUAUCCAACGUUCAGUAAACCGACAUGAAAUACAGCAACAGUUUCCGUGGUGUGUACUGGAAUACCAAUAAAAUGGAAAAAAUACACCUCCAAAAUGAUA